GUACCUUCUGGACGAAGUCUACCACAUGGAAUCCGGAACGGGGGGCGCAGAGGACCCGAUCGAGUUGGAAGAGAGGGGUGGCGGUGAGGGAGAGGGUUGGGAAGAUGACUCUGGGGAAUCGUCACCGACGGAAAGCGAGGACGGCGGGAGUGGAAAGCAGAAAGGAACGGAGGAAGCAGUGGAGCCACAGGAAAGCAGCGGUGAUGACUCACCGGCGGGGGAGAGGGGGAUGAAGAAGGAGCCAGAAGACGAUACGCCGGGCAACGGGGAUAAUGCCCCCUCCGAAGAAAUCACACGAGAAGAGGGCGGGUUUCCGCAGAGGCCCAACAAGUGGAUGCACCAGUAUCUCCUGACAUUCUGUUUGAUCGGAAGGCCAUGCAGCAGCGAGGACCCUGACCUCCGAACCNCCCCCGUCGUCUUGGGCGCAACACGGUCUGCAACACGGUCCGCCCUCCCGGGAUUCACCGGGCCGCGGAAGAGGGGUGGUGUUGGUGCGAGAGCGGCACGUCCCGUUGCUAGCGCGGCUGGACACGUGAUAAUUUAGAGAGUGUGUGUGUGUGUGUUUUUUGUGUACGGGUUAUGGCAGCCAUGCUUGUCAUGCCCUCUCCCCCUCUGUCCCCUUGUGCCCAAGUUUUUUUGUAAAGACGUUGUUUGCACCGUCCGACAUGCCUUCUCUUUGGGUGUUUUUUUUUCUUGUAGCGGUUGUGAUUUUUUUGGGCGUACGGGCUACGGCAGUAAUGCGUCAUGCCCCCCUCCUCCCCUUUGUUUCCACGUUUUUUGUAAAGACGUCGUUGCACCGUCCGACAUGUCUUCCCUUUGGGUACUUUC